AUGUCAACCAUCGAUAAAUCAGGAGAAUCAUUGAUUUCAAAAAAGAUGAAUGAGAUGGAAAAUAAAGACGAAGAGAAUGGUGAAACACGAUCAGAAGCAAAGCCACCAUGGGCUGAAGUACAUAGAAUUGCUGUUCAG